AAUCAUAUUAGAAUAUCUUAAAUGGAAACACCGCCAGGGGUAAAAUCGUCAUUGAUGGCCGGCCGGCCAAGCCAUUUCGCGCCUGCACAAAAAACAGUUAGUCCCGCCCCGCCCCGCCGCAAAUCCAUUCCCACUGCAAACCAAAAGCCUCUCUACGCCGCCGCCGUCGCCGCCGCAGAGAUGUCUGCCACCACGACAUCUUCAGUCCAAAUCCUCCACCACACAGCCUCCUUCUUCUCUGAAAUCGUCUCUCAACCCGACCAUCGCCACCACCUCUUCUCCGCCUUCCUCCGGCGAGUCCCUGCCUCGCUCGUCAAGCCACUAAACCUCGCAGCGCAAACCCUAGAACGAGCGAUUUCCACCACCAGCAACUCCGUCGAAUCCUCAUCCCUCCGCCUCGCGGAGAAGCUCCUCCUCUCCAAUGGCAAAUCUCCGUUCUCUUCAUUUUUUCUCUCUCUCGUAAACCACCUCUCCCGCCGUCCAAUCGAUGCAGCUGUCGGACUUCUCGACGCCUUCCACUCCAAUCCUUCGCUGUUCAGACUAGAAAUCGCGCCAUCUUUGUUCCAGGAGCUGUUCCUCGUUCAUUUCCCGCCGAUCCUCGAAUGGUACAAGGAGCAACGAUCAACUAUUCUAUCAACUCUGUACUUGCACUCCGGCUACAACAGCGACGACCAGUCUAUUGUUUCCACCACAACACUCUUGUCGAAAAUGAGCGGCGAUCAAGCUUCGGCGCUUGGGGAUCUGGAGAAGGAUUACGAGGAUUUACUAGACGAAAACUGCAGGGUAUUCGUGGAGUAUUUCAAGGAGGUUCUGCGUAGUAAAAGUGAAGAUCAGACGAUUGUUCCGCCACAAAUUGUACUUCAAGUGAUCGACGGUGCAGAUAAGUUUGUUUGCAGCAAUGAAGAGAGGAUUAACGGCCAGGAUUUUGGGGCGACAAACAGACGGUAUAAUCCCAUGUGGGCAGAAGGAGAAAGAUCAGUUGAAUUGAGCAGCGACAGGGGGAAGAGCCUGUCAAGGUUUCCAUCUUUCUUUCCUGAAAGAGUCUCUCCGAAAGUGCUCACAAACCUCAGAUCCUCAAAAGACCUGGAAACAUCCGCAGAUGACAAUUCGAUUGAUGAUUAUUCUUCCUCAGAUUCUGAUGCUGGACAAGAGGAAAACAUCAAGAAGUUGACAUUGUUUGACGACUCUAAACAAAUGCCAUCGAAGGAAUAUAAGCAGCUUUUCUCAGAACAAUCCAGCCGUUCUUACAUGGAAGACGGUGAUCACUUGCCUAGCAGAGGAAAGCGUACUGCCCCGAAGGAUUUUGUCUGCCCCAUAACAACUCACAUAUUUGAUGAUCCUGUGACUCUUGAAACAGGACAGACUUACGAAAGAAAAGCCAUUCAGGAAUGGCUUGAAAGGGGAAAUUCCACUUGUCCAAUUACUCGUCAGAAGCUACACAGCACUCAACUUCCCAAGACAAAUUACGUCCUCAAACGUCUGAUUUAUAGUUGGCUAGAACAAAAUCCACUCCCCAUUCUCAGUAGUCAGCCAGUUGGAAUGGAAGCAGAAAAUCAUCAUAAAGAAUUCAAACCUUCAGUUAUGUCUGUUUCUCCUAAUAGUGUCAUAAGCCAAGCCGCCAUCGAUGGAACCAUAACCGAGCUGAGACUUGCGAUCACUGAUUUGUGCACAUCAGAAAUCUUGAUGGAAGCUGAAAAGGCCGUUCUCAAAAUCCAGCAGUUCUGGCAGGAAUCAAAUAUGGAAUCGCAAAUGCAAUCUAUGCUAGUCAAACCUCCUGUUGUUAACGGUUUUGUGGAGGUAAUGUUUAGUUCCUUGGAUAUACAAGUUUUGAGAGCCGCGAUCCUUCUUUUGACUGAGCUAGGAUCAAGAGAUGCCAGUGUUAUCCAGACACUAACCAGAGUAGACUCAGAUGUUGAAUGCAUUGUUGAACUCUUCAAGAAAGGUUUGACUGAGGCUGCGGUGUUGGUUCUUCUCUUAAGACCUUCAGCAACGAGCCUCGUGGAAAUGGACAUUGUGGACUAUCUCUUACCAAUGGUUAGCAAGAACGAGGACAAUGAUGAAUCCACAAAACUGUUUAUGAAGCCAAAAUCAGCUGCAGUUGUUCUGUUGGGACAUAUCAUUCGAAGUUCCAGUGAAACAAAUCUAAUCAAGAUCGUAAGAGGGAUUAUUUCAUCCGAUGCAGCUGAGAUAAUUGUUGACAGUUUAAAAGCUGAAGAUGUUGGGGAAAGGAUUGCAGCUGUGAGCAUUUUGGCAAGAUGCAUAUACGAGGAUGGAAAAUGUAGGAAUGUUAUAGCCCAGAGGGCGGUUUUAGGCCCUCUGAUGGAGAUAUUUGUUGGCAUAAGCGAUGACGAACGGUUUGAGAUAGUAAAUUUCCUUUAUGAGCUGAUUAAAUUAAACAGGAGGAAUUCGAACGAACAACUCUUGCAUAUCCUGAAAGAAGAAGGUACUUUUAGUGCAAUGCACAGUCUUCUCAUAUAUCUCCAACAUGCCCUGCCUGAACAAUCACCUGUAGUGGCUGGUCUACUCCUACAGCUUGAUCUUCUGGAUGAACCAAGAAAGAUGAGCAUUUACAGAGAAGAGGCCAUAGAUGCGCUUAUUUCAUGUCUCAGAAAUUCAGAUUUCCCAGCUGCUCAAGUCUCUGCUGCAGAGACUCUUUUAGCCCUACAAGGGAGGUUCUCCUACUCAGGAAAGAGUCUUUCUAGGGCGAUAUUACUCAAACGUGCAGGUUUUGAUAGGAGCUAUAGAGCUUUUCUCCGAAAGGAUCAGCGCCGCCACAACAUAUAUGCUGAACCUCAAGACAUAAUUGAAGAAGAAAAGGCAGCAGAAGAGUGGGAACGAAAAAUGGCUUAUGUCCUUGUGAGCCAUGAAUUUGGGAUAAUGUUUGAGGCUUUGGCAGAAGGCCUAACUAGUAAAAAUGAGGAGUUGCGUUCAGUUUGUUUCAUGACAGCCACUUGGCUUGUGUACAUGGUGUCGCUCCUACCUGACACAGGCAUAAGAGGAACAGCCCGUGUGUGCUUACUCAAACACUUUGUCUCAAUUUUCAUAUCUGAAAAGAACACCGACGAUGUUGCCCUCUCCAUGCUUGCACUAUAUAGUUUCAUCCAUGUUCCAGAAGGAUUGCAAGAUUUAUCAGCCAACAUGAAGGAUAUUCUGAAAAUCUUGAGGGAGCUCAAGAAAUCCUCCACAAUGGCAUCUGAGAUGCUAAAAAUCUUCUCAGAAGAACAUGACAACAGCGCUGACAUAUGGACUCAUAAUGAAUUAAGUCAAGAAGAUUGCAGCAUCAAUGGAGAAGUUCUCGUGAUAACUUGUUUCAAAGCCAAAAUUUUCUCAGGCCAUUCAGAUGGCACUAUAAAGAUAUGGACUAUUGGAGAUACCAAGCUACAGCUCAUUCAAGAAGUUCGACAACACACAAAACCGGUCACUAGCCUGGCAAUUCUGCACUCAUCAGACAAGCUGUGCAGUGGUUCUCUCGACAGGACUGUGAGGGUGUGGACAGUAACCGAGGAUGGAAUUUACUGCGAACAGGUUCAUGAGAUGAAGGAGCAGAUUAACGAUCUUGUCGUUGCUAAUAGUAUGGCUUGCUACAUUCCUCAAGGUGCCGGUGUUAAGGUGCACACAUGGAAUGGAUCCUCGAAACUACUGAACCAACAUAAGUACGUGAAACGCUUAGCUCUUGUACAAGGAAAACUAUACUGUGGAUGUCAUGACAAUAGCAUUCAGGAAAUCGACUUGGUUACAGGCACAGUAGGAAGCUUACAGGCUGGCUCGAAGAAACUUCUAGGAAAGGCAUAUCCCAUUCAUGCCCUACAAGUCCAUGACGGUCUAAUAUACGCUGCGAGCACUUCACUUGACGGAGGAGCAAACAUAAAGAUAUGGAGCGCAUCCAAUUACAAUAUGGUGGGAUCUCUGUCAUCGACAUUGGAAGUUAGGACCAUGGCCGUAAGCUCGGAGCUGAUAUAUUUGGGGUCUAAAGGAGGGACGGUUGAAGUGUGGUGCAGAAAGAAGUACAGCAGAGUGGAGACACUUCAGACAAGUCCCAGCAGCAGAAUCCUUUCCAUGGCUAUUGAUGACAAUGAAGACAUGUUGAUCAUUGGGACAUCUGAUGGAAGAAUUCAGACAUGGGGUUUGAGCUGAAGAAGAGACCCUAGGUCAGAUUUAAUCAGAUACUGAAGAAAUUGAAUCAGAUUCAAACAGAUAUGCAAUAUAAAGGUAUGCUUCGGUUUUGGAAUAACAAAUUCGUAUUUCAUUUUUUACUUAUGUAAUAAUUAUAGAUGAUGUAUAUAUAUGAAGCGUUAUUCAUGAAUUCAUAACGACAUUAUUUGAAGUCAAUUUCUUGUAUGCAUGAACGUAUAUGGUCGUGGGUAAGGGAGCCUUGGUGGCGUGGGUGAAAAAUGUAAAAUAUAGAUUGAUUUCAUUUUUCAAUUUAAAAAAUAUAUAUAUAUAUAUAUAUAUAUAUUAAAGAGAUUUAAAAUUUUAAU